GGCCGCGGCGGAACCCGGAUGUGCCGGGGCCGCCGAGCUGGCAGUCCGGGCUUUGGGAGCAGGGCGCGCCUGGGGUGCCGGCGGCCGGGGCCCAUGGCGCGAGACUGGGCGGGCUUCUCCGAGGAGGAGCUGAGGAGACUGAAGCAGAAUAAAGAUCCAUUUGAACCACAGCGCCGUCUCCCUGGGAAGAAAACUAGACAACAAUUUCAGCGAGAAAAAGCCCUUCUGGAGCUAAGCCAGAGACUCGGACUUCAAGAUGGAUCAGCCUCGUUAUCUCCAGAGCAGCUGCUUUCUGCACCAAAACAGAGGCUUAACACUCAAGAACCACAUUCUUCUUCCCCUACUCUUCCUAGUCCUCUUACACUCUCCUCUCCUGUUGGUGAUGGAAAACCACAGGGUAUUAAAAGUCAAUCAAGGGAACCAGGACUUGAGAAUUCCCAUGAUGGUCACAAAAAUGUUGAGGUCCUACCUCCAAAGCCUGAUUGCAAAUUGGAGAAAAAGAAAGUGGAAUUGUUAGCAAGAAAAAUCUCGUUGGGAAAUCCUUCAACAAGAACAACGACUAAUGGAAGAAAAAAAUAAACGUAAGAAAGCUCUUUUGGCUAAAGCAAUUGCAGAAAGAUCUAAAAGAACUCAGGCAGAGACCAUGAAAUUAAAGCGGAUCCAGAAGGAGUUACAGGCUUUGGAUGACAUGGUGUCUGCUGACAUUGGAAUCCUCAGGAAUCGGAUUGAUCAGGCCAGCCUGGACUAUUCAUAUGCACAGAAACGAUUUGACAGGGCUGAAGCUGAGUAUAUUACAGCAAAGCUAGAUCUGCAGCGAAAGACUGAGAUAAAAGAGCAACUCACUGAGCACCUUUGUACAAUCAUACAGCAAAAUGAGCUCCGGAAGGCCAAAAAGUUGGAGGAGCUGAUGCAGCAGCUGGAUGUGCAAGCUGAUGAGGAAACCUUGGAACUUGAGGUGGAGGUGGAAAGACUGCUCCGGGAACAGGAAGCAGAAGCAGGGAAACGAGUGGCUUUUGGAGAAAGACCAUGUCAGUCUGCUGAGGAGAGUGCGACAUUACAAUUUGUAAAAGAGGACAGAAAACCACAAGAACAGUCUGCUUCCCUAGAGGUAGGCGAACAGUGUGGAAGUUCCAGCAGGAUCCCCUGUGUGAGUCCAGACUGCCCCAACCAAGGAGUUAAUGACAUGUCAGCUGCUAUGGCCACCUGAAGUGCCAGUGUUCUUUUCAGCUAAUAUCAUGUUCAGUGAAGUGUACUCUCUGUUGUAGAUUACACCCUGUCUCUACAAAGAGCCUCUUUAAAACUUAGUUUUUGAAUAUGUGAUUAGUUUUAAGUAGAUUAACAUGUUUGGCCAUUCCAGAGUCCCAAAUGAUAAUAAUUUUGUAUCGGGGGCAUUUUUUAAAAUAUUUUUCACUUGUCAAUGAACCUUUCUUUUAUUUAUUUAUAAGUGGUGCUGAGAAUUGAACUCAGUGCCUCACACAUGUAGGCAAACACACUACCACUGAGCCACAAGGCCAGCUCCUCAAGGGACAUAUUUCACCCUGUUUCAGUCCACUAUUCUUUUAACCAUUAUUACUAGGUUAAAAUAAGUGACUUAAAGGAUGAAGAAUAUGAGACCCUUGGCUCGAGUUCCAGCACCACAUAAAGAAGAAAAGGGUGGAAGAAAAAAUACAUGGUUAGAGUAAUUUUAGACCAAGCAAAUACAGAAAGUAAAAUAAAAAUGACACUCACUACCUAAUCCCACUUGUUUAACUUCUCCUGGGAGAAGUGUUGAAAAUGGAAGUCUUGUUUUAUGUAAUCAAUUAAAAGACACAAAAAUUAAUGUGUCGAUGGAGGAAGAUCAGGUCGAAUUAUAUAUAUGGAUCUUACUAGAGUUGCAAAAUACAACUUGGAAAUAGUAGUUUAUACACCAAACUACAUAUGGUAUAAUAUAGUAUAGUUUAUGCUAUAAUGUAGUAGUUUUAUAUAAAGAACCAAACAGCUUCAGGCAACAUUACUUUUACUUUUAAUUUGCCUUUAAAUGGUUUUAGUUUACCAUUUUAAUAUUUGUUUGUUUUGUUGGUUGUUUUAUAUACGUGUGUAUAUAAAAAUUCUUUGUAUGUGUAACUUUAUUUUUAAUGUAUGCUUUUUUUAAGAUGACACAUUGAUCAGUUUAAUUUAGAAAAACAUUUCUAACAUAAGGCUGAAAAUAAUACAGAACAUCUUAUUGCUACUCCUGAUUUUCAAAAAAAAAUUGAUGUAUUUUCUUUCUAAAGUUUCUUGUAAAUGUGUGUUUUGUAUGUUGGACAUAAAUUAUCCUGGCAUAAAUCAUUUUAUUGUAAUAUAGUUAGUUAAUUAAUACUUGACCACUACAUUCAUUGUGCUAUAUGUGAAGGGGGUGUAUAAACAUAUUGUAGUUUCGUCCUGAAAUCUGUGACUAUUACAUUAAAUGAUGAUCUAUUUAUCAGAAAUUCCAGAAAAUAAAAAUAAUUGCAUUUUAAGUCUUUAAAAAAAGGAACUAUUAUAAAAAGAUAAGAAAGUAUAUAGUAUCAUUUUUAAGUGGGUUUGAUUGAGGAUACAAUCUUUUGGUAGUAUGGAUGAUCUUUGUACUUGCAUAUAAUUUAGUUAAUAGUAUAAUUUUCAUUACUGACCUCUCUCAGUAUGCAUUUAUAUAGGAGUUGUGUUUUAUUUAUGGAUAACAUACACAAAAAUUGAAACUUCAUUGCCCAAGACACUUUUAUUUUUCUAAGGAAUAAAGCAGUCUGAUAUAUUUAUAAUGUGGCUUUUUAUUUACCUAAAAACACAAGUUUCAAAGAGAUAACUGUUUGGGGAAGUGUGUGUCAGUUAUGCAUUUUGGAUUUCCUUGAGGUAGAUAUAGUCAUUCAAUUUUGUAUGAGAAAAUUUAUUAACAAAUAAAGUUCUAUAAUAUUGUUUAAA